AUGGAACAUCGCGAGACCAAGCUUGGUGAAGAGCAUUCUGACACUCAGCAAACACCUUCAAUUGCUUUGGGCGACAUCGUGGAGGACUCGGAAGACGAUUUCUCAGAACCCGCCUAUCUUUGGGGCCACUCCUCAAAUUCGGAAAAAGCGGUGCGUGUGUACCUGGACACACGGGUUGAAACCAAUUAUCUGUCUCUCAGAAUUGCGCAGGAAUUAGAGGUUUCAUUGCAACCCAUUACGCCGAAGGUCUUGCGCCCCAUCCUCGGUGAUGCAGCAAAUCAAACGACCCUUACGGCAUAA